AUGAAUUUGAUUCAGAAGACCAAAAUUCUUGGUUUCAAGGGGAUGCAAUACUUGAAUACUUUGGAUCUCAGUUUCUGCGAUCUAACAGAUGGAGGACUUCCGGAAGACAUUGGAUCCUUAUCCUCUGUGAAACACUUGAAUCUCAAGGGAAAUAAUUUUGAGUAUUUGCCUCAUAGCAUAGCCCAGCUUGAUGCUCUUCAAACCUUGGACUUAUCAGAUUGCAAGAGACUUAGACAGCUGCCAGCCCAACUUGGUGCUCUUCGAAUCUUGGACUUAUUAGAUUGCAAGAGGCUUACACAGCUGCCAGAAUUUCCACAGCAAUUACAUACAAUAAGUGCAGAUUGGAGUAAUGAUUGGAUCUGUAAUUCAGUGUUCCAGAAUUUCUCAGCAAUGCAGCAUGACAUCUCUGCUUCAGAUUCCUUGUCACUAACAGUGUUCACCCUCACAGGGAAUAUACCAAUACCAAGAUGGUUCCACCAUCGGGAAGAUGGUAGAAGUAUAUCAGUCAAAUUGCCUGAAAAUUGGUAUGUAAGUGAUAACUUCUUGGGAUUUGCUGUAUGUUACACUGGCAAAUUAAUUGACGCAAUAGCUCAUUUGAUUUGUUAUGAUGAGAGGCCAGUGACGCGUAUCACCCAGAAACUUGCCUUAUCCAAUCAUUCAGUAGAAUUUCAGAAAUCUGCUAUUCAUUUUUUCUUGGUACCUCUUACUGGCUUGUUGGAUAAAUCUAAGGCAAAUGGAAAAACACCAAACGACUAUGGGCGAAUUAGGAUAUUUUCCACUGGAGAAAUGAAGAAGUUUGGACUUCGUUUAUUGUAUAAAGAUAAACCUAAGAUUGAGGCGAGUUGCUCAUCUUCUCAGAAACAAUGA